AUGAAAUGUGCCAAAGUGCUUUACUUCACUGGUUCUCAUGACUCGGUGAAUCUCAAUGGGAUGCUUUAUAUGUGGGGAAGGAGAUUGGAUCCUAAUGAACCUGAUAUCCUCGUAGCUCAUGGCCUUGAAGCUGAUGAUAAGUGUCGAGUUAUACCUCUCCCUCUUCCGUAUAACAAACGUGUGAAGAGAUGCUUGACUACCUCACGAGGAGAUGUUAUGUACAUUGAGAUACUGGAUCGAAGAUUGAAGGUUUGGAGGCUGAAUAACAACAACAACUCUGAGAGUAGUGAAUGCUGGCAACUGUUACGGGGAGAAAUCACUAUGACGUCUAUCCAAUUUGACGUCGAUUGUAUUCCUUUGGCAAUGAAUCCGUUUGAUUCUGAUAUCGUCUAUCUAUGGAAUCUACAACACAGUCGUUUGGUUGGAGAAGUAGUGAAGGUUGUUAUUCGUCCAAUUCCAAGGUGUAUAUGGAAGUUUGGGCUGACGAAGCCGUCGAGGUAUCCCAAUUUGUUCUCCCACAAUGGCUGGACUCGGUACCUCGACCGCCAAGUUGAUUAUUCUUCUUAG